UGUUAACAGUCGGCUGUCUCAUAUAUUAGAUUUCUUUUCCUGCUUGAUUUCAGGUCCUUUUUGUACUAUCAAAGCCAAAACUAUCUUCAACGUGCAUCAGAAACAUAUGAACAAAGAAAGUAUCAUUGUAGCAGCAUUCACUCAAAACCCGAACCUCUCCCCGCAGAUAUUGAUAAUCAACAUCAACAUCAAUAAGUAAUAAUCACCUAGAUAGCGAUCGUCCACAAUGACGACUCUAUCACCGCACGGCAAGAUGGAUCCAGAAUCCAAACCCGAAUCCGCAAACAUGGACGAAGAGACCUACAUUCCCGAAGUCAUGCAGGCACUAUACCUCCCUUCUGGAACGUACGACAAAACCGCUCCUCCACCUCCUGACAAAUUGGUUUACAAAACCGAUUUUCCUGUGCCGAAGCCCGGACCGGGACAAUAUCUGAUUAAAGUCCAAACCGCAGCGCUUUCCCCGGAUGAACUCUCCUGGGGAAGCACGCUCGAUGCCGCAACGAGGCGGGACAUGAUUAUCGCGCGCGAUUUCUGCGGUUCGAUCAUCACGACACCGAAUGAGGAUCACAGGAGGAAGGACGGGCCGAAAUUCACGAUCGGAGACCAGGUCAUUGGAGUGGUUACGGACGUUACGGAACGAGAUGGCGCCGCGGCGGAUUUUGUCCUCGCGACGGAGGAUGAGCUUGCGUUUAAGCCGAGAAAUGUCACCGCGGCGGAGGCCGCGACGAUUCCCUUGCCAGCACUUACGGCCUGGCAGGCUCUGUUCCGGCAUGGAGGGCUAGAUCCAGAGGAGACGAGUCGAGGGCAAAGUGGUAGUCAGUUACGGGUCCUGAUGACGGCAGCGUGGGAUCAUUUUGUCGGGAUGCAAGCGCUGCAGCUGCUUCGUUCGCGAUCACUAUUUCCGAACGGGGUCUGGAUCUGUGCGACCUGCGCUUCGCCCCAUAAUGCGGAGACCUUGCGGCCUAAUCUGGGUGCUGAUGCUGCUGUUGAUAAGCCAGAUAUUGCGGAAUCGUUUCGAUCGCACAAAUGGGCGCCUGUCGAUAUCGUCCUUGAUUCCGUUGGCGGGUGGCAGACGCUUAAGAAAUUGCAUCCGGCGGCUGUUAUUAAAGAAAAAGGCGUUGUUGUGAGUUUCUCUGACCCAGCUCCGGAGGCCGUCAUGAAAGAGGUGAUGGGGAAAUGUGGACUCAGGAGUAAGUCCCUAUCCGUGGAGCCGGAUGGUAAGGCCUUGGAGCGGAUCAAUGAACUGGUAGAGAAGGAAGAGCUGAGAGGGUACGUGGAAAAGGUGAUUGACCUGUUCGAUGGCCGGGCAGCAAUGACCAGGGUGGGCGAGAAUAGGAGUAUAGGACGAGUCGUGCUGAGGGCGAAUGCUGGCUAGUUGCUACCAAACGACUCUGUAGCGUUGAAGUUCUGCUUUCUGGUUGGUAGCUGGGUUUCAUAGGAUUCCUGUGAUAUAUUCAGUCGGGCCAAACAUCGUUUAAUGUAUAUAGUCAGAUGGAGAAGCAGCAUAUUGAUCGCGUGGACCCGCCAUCUUUUCACGCCCUCACCUUGAUGGAUUCAGCGUACUACUUCCACGCUACCUCCCAUCAGAAAAGCACGGUUGAUUAAGCGGGCAAUGGAGUAAACAAGAAAUAGAAAAGAAU